CGCCAUGGAGCCGUCCCCCUCUGCGGACGCCGAGCUGCAGCCCCCGCUCCUAGCCAACUCUUCAGACGCCUUCCCCAGCGCCUUCCCCAGCGCCGGCGCCAAUGCGUCGGGGCCGCCGGGCGCCCGGAGCGCCUCGUCCCUCGCCCUGGCUAUCGCCAUCACCGCGCUCUACUCGGCCGUGUGUGCCGUGGGGCUUCUGGGCAACAUUCUUGUCAUGUUUGGCAUCGUCCGGUACACUAAGAUGAAGACAGCCACCAACAUCUAUAUCUUCAACCUGGCCCUGGCAGAUGCACUGGCCACCAGCACACUGCCCUUCCAGAGUGCCAAGUACCUGAUGGAGACAUGGCCCUUUGGAGAACUGCUCUGCAAGGUUGUGCUCUCCAUUGACUACUACAACAUGUUCACCAGCAUCUUCACACUCACCAUGAUGAGUGUCGACCGCUAUAUUGCUGUCUGCCACCCUGUCAAGGCCCUGGACUUCCGCACACCUGCCAAGGCCAAGCUGAUCAACAUCUGCAUCUGGGUCCUGGCCUCAGGUGUUGGUGUACCCAUCAUGGUCAUGGCCGUGACCCGCCCCCGGGACGGGGCAGUGGUAUGCACCCUCCAGUUCCCCAGCCCCAGCUGGUACUGGGAUACGGUGACCAAGAUCUGCGUGUUCCUCUUCGCCUUCGUUGUGCCCAUCCUCAUCAUCACCGUGUGCUACGGCCUGAUGCUGCUGCGCCUGCGCAGCGUGCGCCUACUCUCGGGCUCCAAGGAGAAGGACCGAAGCUUGCGGCGCAUCACGCGCAUGGUGCUCGUGGUGGUGGGCGCCUUCGUGGUGUGCUGGGCGCCCAUCCACAUCUUCGUCAUCGUCUGGACGCUGGUGGACAUCGACCGCCGCGACCCGCUUGUGGUGGCCGCGCUGCACCUGUGCAUCGCUCUCGGCUACGCCAACAGCAGCCUCAACCCCGUGCUCUACGCCUUCCUCGACGAGAACUUCAAGCGCUGCUUCCGCCAGCUCUGCCGCUUGCCCUGCGGCCGCCCGGAACGGAGCAGCUUUAGCCGCGCCCGCGAAACCACGGCCCGCGAACGGGUCACCGCCUGCACCCCGUCCGACGGUCCCGGCGGGGGGGCGGCCGCGUGACCGCGCCGGCCCGCCCCGCCGCCGGCCUCCCACUCCCCGGGGUGAC